AUGCCACCUCCUCCCCCAACACAGAUGAUCCACAAAGACCGCUUUAGCUACGCAUUCGGCAGGCUGAGGACCCAAACCUAUACGGAUCCAAAUGCUCGCGGGCCUGGCUCCCACAGCAUUCGUACGCUAGCAUGGAAUCCAACUGGCCUCCUGAUUGCGACUGGCGCGGCGGACCGUACACUUCGAAUUUGGAACCCAGAGCGGCCCGAUGUGCGAAACUCGACUGAGCUACGCGGCCAUGCUUCCGGGAUCGAACAGGUUGCUUUUAACCCGGUCAAAGAAUCUGAGCUAGCAAGUUGUUCGACCGACGGGACUGUCCGUUUCUGGGAUGUCCGAUCCAAAAGCUGCGUCAGCCGACUUGAUAUCGGUGGAGAAGCAUUCACUCUCUCUUGGUCCGCAGAUGGCACCGUACUCUUAGCUGGAAGAAUGGACGAUACCCUCGUUCCCAUUUCUAUAGACUCCCUCUCCUCACCUACAAUAAAACCCCCCACAGAAACCCCCAAGUCGACCACACCAGCAACCGCAUACAACCUCCUUACAUCUCACAAACAAAGUGUUCAAACAAACGGUACCACUUUCUCACAUUCGCAGUGCCCAAAUGCAGAUAUAUUCCUUACUACCGGCGAUGGCACCGUCCAAAUCGUUUCUUACCCCUCUUUCACCCCACUACACACCCUUAACGCGCACACCGCCGCCUGCCUCUGCGUAUCUCUCUCCCCCACGGCCCGUUACCUCGCAGUUGGCGGCGGUGACUCCCUUAUAUCACUCUGGGAUACAACUGACUGGAUUUGUAAACGCACUGUUACUAGUACAGGUGGCGGUGGUGUUCGUGGUAUUAGCUGGAGUUGGGAUGGCCGGUUUAUAGUUGGUGCGUGUGAAGAGGUUGACUGUGCGGGUGUAGGGCUGGAGAUCUUCCACGCGGAGACAGGAGAUAGUGUAUUUACGAUUCCUACAGACGGGGCGCAUGUUGUGCCUGCCGUGGCAUGGCAUCCAUCUAGAUACUUACUUGCAUAUUCCGUAUAUGCGGAAUUAAUGGGAGUGGGUAGUAAUGGUUUACGGAUAGUGGGUGCCUCUGGGAGCGCCGUAUGA